AUGUUAAGCCUUCUCUUUGCAACUUCAUUAUCCAAAGCCAAGUAUGGCAUCAUGGUUGAUGCAGGCUCUUCAGGAACCCGUGCUUUUGUAUAUACAUGGGAUUCCUCUUCAGAAAUUCCAGAUCUCAAGCCUGUCUAUGAAAACGGCAAGCCAUUAAAGAAAAAGAUAAAAAUACGCUUAGCUGACAGUGCUAAGAAACCAGAACUCGUUGAAGAGAUUUUCAAACCAAUCUGUGAGUUUGCCGAAAAAUAUGUUCCUGCAAAACUCUAUAGUUCCACACCAAUGUACGUUUUUGCUACUGCUGGUAUGCGUUUACUUGGAAAUAAUCAGCAAAAUCAAGUUUGCGACCAAGUCUACGGCUUCAUCAGCAAAAACUACAAAUUCAAGAUUUCUAGACAGAACAUUCGUGUCAUCAAUGGUGUCGAGGAAGGCGUUUACGGCUGGCUCUCUGUCAACCUUCUUCUUGGAAACUUCAAAGAAAAUAAACCAUACUACGGAGCCAUGGAUUUAGGCGGUGCCUCAUUCCAAAUAGCUGUUGAAGUUAAUGAGAACGACAAGUAUGAAGAAUCCUUACUCGUUACUGUUGGUACAAAGAGAAUUCGUGUUUUCUCCCAUUCAUAUCUUGGAUAUGGCGUUGACGUUUCAUCACGCUCCAUCACGAAAGCAAUUUCCGCAGUUACUGACUCUGACAACAUCUCAAACCCUUGCUUCCCUAAGGGAUAUACAGAUACAAUCGUAGGAAAGGAUACAAUUACAGUUCAUGGCACCGGCGACUUCGAGAAAUGCUCUAAGAUUGCGAAGAAGAUCUUAAUUGAUGGUCCUCACUUCGAAACCGUUAACAUUCCAGGAAUUUCAAAUAUCAACAAAUUAGUUGGCAUGGCCAACCUCUAUUUCGCAAAUGCAUUCUUCGGAUUACCGACUACAUCAUCUCUUGCCGAUCUAAAGACAAAAGGAACAGAAUAUUGCGCUAGAGAUUGGAAAGACAUUUCAAAAGAGCUCCAGGGCAAGGAAUCUCUCGAAUACGCUCAUACAUACUGCUAUUGCGCAGCUUACCAAUACGUUCUUCUUACAAAAGGUUUCAAUUUCAACGAUCAAAACGCUGAAAUUCAGAAACUUGAUGAUAUCAAUGGUAUUGACCUUAGCUGGGCCAUUGGUGCAAUGCUUGCUCACAUUUCUGAUGUAGAAAUCGUCAAAGAAGAAAAUAUUCCAUUUACUGCUCUUAUUUUCGCCAACAUUGUUGCAUUUUCUGUCCUUCUUCCUCUUUACCUUGUUAUUAAGAGGAAGUUCUCUGCCCAAAGAUACAUAAGAGAGUCACAUCCUCUUUAA